GCGCAUCACACGACAACAUUCGCUUGACUUGCUGUGCACUGGCCGUAAAUGAGUGAGCAAUGCUGCGCCCUACCAGUCACCAUGCGCAUAACGUCGCCAGGGAACAAGCCGUAUGCAUACGUUCACAUGCAGCAUCUCGCAGACCCGUGGGAGACGUGUUCCUGGAAAGCCAACACCCAUUCCACAGCUACACCCUCUUUCUACACAUGCCUUCAUUUCACGAAUGAACAACGCCAACGAUUCGAGACGACCAAGGUGAUGACAUCCCUACAAGCGACGGCGCACAGUGCUCGAAUAUGCAUGGCUCGUUGCUUCUUCCUGAAUCGAUCGUUCUGGCGCAAGGGCAAGACAUUCGACGAUGGAGUUUGGCCAAGUUCAGGAUCGUGUUCAGUUUGACCAAGUUUGGUCCACAUUCCCCAUGCGGAAGAACGACGGCAGGAACAAAGGGAAGGAAUAAAUAUCAGAGUUACGGGAGCAAGCAACGGGGC